UUCUUCCUUUUUCCUUAGUAUUUGUUUUUCUAUGGCAUACUAUUCUUCAUCCCACGGCUAUACCGCUAACGGUUCCCAUUCCUCUUGAUAUCACCACCAAGCCACUAGCUAUAGAUAUAUAUUAAUAUCGACCAUGACGGACCCUAGUAGUGAUCUUCCCGAUGCAUUGGGAGAACGUGCCUCUGGGAAACGCAAGAAACGCCUCAGCCGUCGAGAACAAAAAGCAAGAAAGAAGCAACGAAAACUACAGGAGGAUUCCUCCACCAAGGAAAAUAUCAGCUCCGUCAAGGAGAAUGGCGCCAAAGAACAAAAACCGAACAAGAAAAAACUGAAAACCAAGGAAAAGACUGCAGCUGAAAGUGGCACUGCAGAUGAAAGUGGCGAGGGUAACUCUCAAGGGCCAGAUACCCCAGUGGGAAAAAAGGAUACCCUGAAGGCAGCUUCUAAUAAAGAUGAAGAAGUCUCCGAGUCAGAUCCAAAAUUGUCCCAGAACCAUAAGAAGGAUGUUUCUGUGAAAGAGGAUACCCCUGGUGAAGGGAAGAAACUCUCCAAGAAAGAGAGGAAGGCAUUGAAGAAAGCCUUGAAGAAAGAAAAACAGAGGAAAGAAAAGGCAGACAGCAAUAAUCCACAACCCGCGAAAGACAAUUCCAAAAACCAGACAAAGGAAGAAACCUCCGUAGAUGCCUGGAAAACUUCCCCACUUCAAACCGAUAUCCCCUAUGUUCCUACACCUCUCCCCGAUGCAGAUGACGACAAUCACCGAUCCACCAACAACAGUAAUAAGAAAAAGACUCUGGGCAAGUGGUUCCCCAACGCCAGUGUUGUCAAGAGUCAACGGUCGGAUUCCGACGAUUGCACCAUUCUGCUCUUUUAUCAGUACAAGAGUCCCGUGGUUUGGCCCGAACGAAAAGUGGCGGAACUCAUAAAAUAUCUUCAUGCAGUCGCAGAAGCCCGGCCACUCUUGGGCGGUCGUCUGCGGGUAGCCCCAGAAGGCAUUAAUGCCACGUUAUCCUGUGGGGAUGCUCCCGAUGGGACCAAUGGUCGCACCAUCCUGGAACACUUUACCAAAGAUCUACAGCAGUUUGAUCCUGUCUUUCACGAAACCGAUUUCAAGUACCUUCCCGCCAAGGCCGAUCGCCAUUUCAAGGAUUUGAAGAUUUUGCCCGUCAAAGAACUUGUGUUUUAUGGACUGCAGGAAGCGGCGGCACCAAUCGGGGAAACGGGCGUCCAUUUGGAUGCCAAGGAUUUUCACGAAAUGUUGCAAGACACGUCCAAAGAAACCGUCGUGGUGGAUGUGCGCAAUCAUUACGAGGCAGCCUUGGGACGAUUUGACGGACAAACCAAACUGGACGGUGCCGCCCAAUACGUGGAUCCACUCAUGCGCAAGUCGACUGAUUUCCCCAGUUGGGUGGAAAAGGCGGCGGAUGACUUGAAGAACAAACGCGUCAUGAUGUUUUGUACCGGUGGAGUGCGUUGUGAACGGGCGUCGGCGUAUUUGAAAAGGACCAUGGGCGAUUCCUUGGAUGGGGUCUUUCAAUUGCAAGGUGGCAUUGAACGAUACCUGCAAGCCUUUCCGGACGGUGGCCAUUGGCGGGGAAGCAACUUUGUAUUUGAUAAGCGAGAAGCGGUAUCUGUGAGCAACCCGAAUGGAGAUGGCGGAGUUGUGGCGGGCAAAAAGAAACAGCAAGAGCUGCCAGAAGGUGUGGAUACAAACUGUUGUUUGUGCGAUCGACCAUGGAAUAGAUACGUCGGGAAGAAAAAGUGUGAGUGCUGCGGGGUGCCAGUUUUGACGUGCACAACUUGUUUGUCCAAGUAUAAUCAUCAAGUGAAACAUCAUGGGAAAGGAGCAGUCGACAACGAACAGAAGCCGCGAAAGAUGGCCCGAUGCCCGCUCUGUGUGGAUCAGAAUAUCACGGUUCGUGUGGAUGAUGUCGAGUACACAGACAACGGAGUCAAGAGCAAAAGCAACUCAGAUCAAGGUCUUGCCGCUCCGUCCGUUCUGAAGUGGGGUGGUGGACACGCCUCCGAGAAGAAAGAAAGACGACGGAAAAAACGCCAGAAGGCACGCCAAGAAUCCAAGGACUCGUAAUUGGCAUGAAAGCCGCUUUAUUUAGUUGCCUGUGCCUGUCCGGGCUAUCUACAUGUAGUUGCUGGUUCCUGGGGCAAUGGCAAUGCUGACAAGUAGUUCUUCACCACCGGGCGCUGCACAGCGAAGGCAAUUUCAAAGGUCCAAUGCAUGAACUGAAUACUUUAAGUUUAAUUUAGUUGGGUUCUAAGACAGAAGUACAAUCGAUAUAGUAAAAGCUACCAUACAGCAGGUCAAAAA